AUGAAGUGCUCGCCACUAGAAGUAAUUGACCUUUUAAAUCGCACACAUUCGGCGUUCGACGAGGUCGUACCGUACUACGAUGCUUAUAAAGUGGAAACCAUCAACGAUAGUUACAUGAUAUCUAGCGGUAUACCAAUGCGCAACCAUAAUCAUGCGGAUGUGUUAUGCUUACUGGGACGGGCGAUUCUGGAACGCUGUAAAAUUUCAGCCGACACGACGGACGACAAAAUGGAAUUAAGCAUCAGAAUCGGGAUAAAUUCGGGUCCAGUAGUUGCGGGGGUCAUCGGGACAAAAGCACCACGCUAUUGUCUAUUUGGAGAUACCGUUAACACUGCCAGUAGAAUGGAGUCCACCGGAGAAGCGGGGAAGGUUCACGUUAGUCCCCUCACCAAAGCCUUGGCUGAUAUAAACCCAUCGUUGGUUUUUGAAUCCAGAGGGCUGAUUUUCGUUAAAGGAAAGGGAGAGAUUAAUACAUAUUGGCUACUCGCAUUGUGAUCCUCUUGGUCAAUACCGUCCGCCAUACACUUGCAAUGAUUCUCCAAAAGUCUGUGAUAAUUCUGACUUACCGUGCCAGUAAAAACUGAUCGCCACGGUGCCUCAAUAAUUUACACCGGCAAUUUGUUGGUUGUAGAAUGGUUAUCAGUUCAGAUAGUUAUGCUUUUAUAAAAAAUGGGCAGUUUAUAUACCGUAGAGUUGUCCAUUAUGGCGUUACUUUGUCAAAUGCAGUUUUUUUGCAGUUUUCGCAUUUCUUACAGUAAAUGCGAUUAUUUUCAGAACAAGUCGAACCGGUUAUGCCUCUGCAGGGAUUUUGA